AUGGGUCAACAGGUAUCAUUAACUGAUUUGAAAAUACCUGAUUUAUUGUCAACAAACAAUCAACAACCGAAUGAAGUAUUAUCCGAUGAUCAAACGGAAGAUAUUCAUUUAUUUUUACCACUUGAUAUCAUUAAAGAAAUCAAUAAAAAUUCAAGUGAACUAUCAAUUGCAAAAGAAAAAUUGAUUCAUCAAAUUCGAAAUGAUAUAUCUGUUUCUUCGAAUUUAUCUGUUGUCAAUGAAUUCAACGCAAAAAUUGUAGAAAUAAUUAAAAAAACGCUCGAUUAUAUUGCAACGCAACAUACAUGUCUACAAAAUUCUAUACAAUCGAUAAUUAAUAAACAAAAACAAUUGAAAGAUUCCUAUGGUGAAAAAUUAAAAGACGAUGAAAAUGCAACUACUUCGAUAUUUCCUGAAGCGUUGAUCGAUUCAGAAAAAGCAUCAAAUGAACAACAAUUAAAAGAACUGUCGUUUUUUGCUGUUGAAUCUUUAAUAACUAUACUAUUGAUGUUACUCAAAUCAGUGCAUAAAUCUGAUUCUACUAUUGUUCAUCAAAUGCUCAUCUUGAAAAAUCAACUUUUAGAACGAAUUCCAUUGAACUAUCUUUCAUCCAAUAUUUACAAACGGUCAAAUAAUUUAUUUAAAUCUUUAAAACCAUUAACUGACUACAUCCAGGAAUUAUCAAUGCAAACUGAUAUCGAUCCAUUUGCAGCAAACCAAUCAAUUAAAAUUUUAUUUAAUUUUUCUGUCCUGAAGGCCUCAUUGAAAGACAUUUUGCCGUUAAUAAGAAAAUUAAUUUUCAACACAAAUGAUAUUUUCGAUGUACGAGAAUUAUUUGUUAAAUUGAACAAACAUCUUAUGAUAAGGAUGGAUCAAUUUGAAAAAGAAAAGCAAACACCAUCUAUUGCAACAACUAUACCACAGAACACGACGAAUAAUAACAACCUCACGACACAAGAGCAAAACAAAACAGAUAAAGUGUUGCAGACUGCAACAGAAUUGAAUAUCGAACAGAGAUUUUUGGCUGCUGUGGAAUAUCUCAAAUCAAUUGAAGCCUAUCCAAAUACACAAUUGAUUAAAUUAAACGAAAAGAAGUUUACUGGUCAAUUCAUAUGUUCUGUAUUACUUGUUCAUAUUGAUUUACAUAAUCAAAUUCAUGCAAAAUCACAAUUCGAAUGCAGUUCUAUGAAUGGCUCGUUUUCAUUUGAAUUAGAAUCAGAAACAUUUAAAUAUCUAUACGAAUUAAUCGAACAAUUAACGACAAUACAAGCAUCAUCGGACGCGAAUCUCGAAUAUAUUUUAAAUGUUUGUUUAAGAUUAUUCACAACACAUUUACAAUUUUUAAUCGAUGCAAACUUUGAUAAUUUUCAUGAAUUUUUGAACGAGCAUGACAUCGAAAACUGGUUCGCAUUGAUAUCCAGAUUAGCUCUUGAUGAUAAAUUAGAAGAGAACAAAAAUGAAGCUUCGAGAGCGUUGGCCUAUUUGAUCGAAAAGCAAACAUUAUCAUUUGGUAAAAUGUUAACAUUCAUUCACAAGCAUAUCAUUGAAAAUAAACAUCCGAUACUAAUUGAUCAGUUAUUGAAUAAAUUAAAUAAACCAGUUUUCAUAUAUAGAUGGAUUGAAAUUCUUUGUGAUAAUCAAGAUACGCAAGACAGUGCAUUAGCAUAUAUAGUCUUACAUUCAUUUAUUGAUAUUGUGUUAAAAUCGACUCUUACAAAUAUCGAAACCGUUAAUCGAUUACGCGAAAUUCUAAUCAUAUUUCAAGAAUUGCUUUUAGUUCACUUAAAUAAUCAACCAGCCGAUAUAUCUGAUGAACUCGGAUCAUCUGCUCUAGCAACGCUUGGCAUCGAAUAUACGGCACGUGUAAUCAAAGCUUGUCUUCAACAAGAAAUUCAAAGUGUUUUAUUCGAGUCACUUCUUCUUGGUCUGUGCACACUUACGGAAUCGCAAUUUAACUUUGCUAUCAUACAACCGAUUUUUGCGACUAUCAUGCCAUUAUUUGCCGAACACGUAACACGGAAAAAAAUCGAUAUCGACGAUAAAACUAGUUAUUUAAUGUCAUGGCUAUUAGGAAAAAUGAGUUAUCGAUUAAUUGUCGGUCCAUCACAGAGUCCGUUAGAGAAAAAAUAUAAUACAACAUUGAAAUUACCAAUAUUUUCUGGUGGAUAUGAAACUCUGACAGAAGAUAUAAAUCCAUAUCUGUCGAAUUUAUUCAAAUCUGAUUUAUCUAUUUACAGUCGAUUUAUGUUGCCACUACGACGACAACAAUCGAUAUUAGACAAUGAUUUUUUAAUUUCAAUUUAUCGCAAUAAAGAUCAAGGUGCACAGUUAAUAUCAAAAAUGAAAAUAUUCAUUCGAAAUAAACAAAACGUAUUGCAAUCGGUUGAAGCCGUUGCUGAUGAAGCAUGUGCUGCAGUAUUCGCUGUUUAUAUUAAACAUUAUCGUCGUAUUGAGCUUGCUCAAGAUGAGUUAACUCGACCGAUUGAACAAAAACCGUAUGCUAAACUUCUCUUACUCUAUGAGUAUGCCAAUCAAGUACGAACAAUUUUUGCAACGACAAAAGCUCGAGGCGGUGAUUGUGAUGAAGUUUGUAAGAAAAUUAAGAAGGACGCACUAUUAUUAUUAUUAUCGAUUAGAGAGAGUUCGUUCAUUGCAAAAAUGCAAGAAUCUUUCUCAUUACCAAUUGUUGCCACGAAAAAAUAUCAGUUACAACGACAACAAUCGCAUUGGACAAAAGCUAAAUGGAUUAUUCGAUUACUUCGUAAUACAUUCAAUGCUUGCAUUCGAUUAAAAUAUUUGAUGUUGGAAAAAAAACGAGCCGUUGAACAAAAGAACGAUAGUGAAAGUGUUAUGCAUCGAGCUAUUGUAACUUGUCUAUACGGAAACGAGAUGUCGGCAUCCACAGAAAAUGAAAAAUUGAAAAUUGAAUAUGAUGAAAUUGUUAAAUGUCUCACACGACAAUAUCAGCGUGCAAUGACUAGAUUGAUUACUUAUCGAUUUAUUGAACAAUUAAUUAUUACGGGUCAAGAUAAAAAUCGAAUUGUGAAUAUUUUGCUUAUGACUUUAAAAGAUAAUAAUUUAGAAUGGCAUUAUCUUGAAAAUAUUCAAGCAUCAAAUAAUCAGUUGAAAGAAGAUAUUGGAAAUCUCUAUUAUAAAAUUAUUAAAAACAUAUUAUCAUUUUCAAUGGAAUCUAACAUGAAAAUAGUGCUCAUGUUACGCGUGUUUAAUCUAAUAAAUCUAAACUAUGAUUCGAUGGAUUUAUGUCUAUUGAAUAAUUUUCAAUUAAUUCAAGAAAUAUUUGAUGUACUUAUUAAAUUUGUUGAAAUAAGUACGACAAACGAUGCCGAUUCAAUGACUAUGAAACACACAGCAUUCAAUUGGUUUCGCUUAGUUGUAUUCAAAUUAUGCGAACAUAUUGCUUUGGAACAAUUACGAAAUAUGGAUCUCGGCAAUCGGAAAUUUCAUCAUAUCUUAAAACAACAACGCAGUUUGAUUUUUAAUAAAUUAAUUUUAUGGGAAUUGAAAGGAUUACAACAAAACAAAUACGAAGACACAUCAUUGAAAAAUGUUUCCCUUCGUUCUUUUGUUUCAUCAUCGAAAUUCAAUGUUGACAUUUGUAUCAAUCAAUAUUUAAUGCUUUUACUUCGUUGUAUUCAUUUAUAUGAUCAUAUUCGAUUGAACUAUGCUACAAUAGAUUAUAUGGAGCAACUAUUCAAUUUAUAUCAUACAAGUCGAUCUCUUAAUAAUCGUCUACUUGCACUUAAAAUUCUACGUGAUCUAUUAAUAUGCUUACCGGACGAUACGAUUGGAACAACGAAUAGAUCUUUUAUUGAAAAUCUAUUAACGGAAAUUUUGUUUUCUAUUGGUCAAAAUUUUAAUUUAUUAGAAACCGAGAAAAUAGAUCUUGAUAUUACCAUUGAAUUUAUCUAUAUCUAUCGCAUGAUUAUAUCACAUAAUUCACCAUGGCAAGCGUUUGCAUCUAAAUUGCUCGUUGAUGCAAUAAAAUCGUGUAUGAAUUUUAAUUUCACAUUACUAGAAGCGGUCGAUUCACAACAGAUGAAUUUCUUUCUUGCAUCCAUAUGUAUCUUAGGCGGUUAUGUUCCACCGUAUUGUUUGGGAUCAACUGUAGAAAUCUAUUCAACUGAUAUAAAUAUGGAUGAAUUACAAUCUGGAAUUAUAGUUGAAAUCAAUAUGGACGCUCUUGAAUCGGAUGCAUCCGAUGUUAAACCUUAUCUUGUACAAUAUGCAGUCACGAAUCAAACUGAAUGGGUUUCAUCAAAUAAAAUACGUAUCAUUAUCGAUGUUUUACCAACAAAUCUCUCACUUUUACCAGUAGAUAAUGUAGUUCAUACUAUUCUGGAUACAUUAGGAUUUCUUGCACAAAUCGAUACAUCAAUCAGUGAUUCAUUGAUGUUAUUAGAUAUAAAAUGUCGUGUCGUAACAGCAUUCCAUGCAGUAUUGAGUUAUAAACAAGUUAUUGAAAUUUUCAUGCAAAAGCCUUAUGCACCAAUUAUUGCUAAACUAUCGACUUCAAUGGAUUGUUUUGAUUCAGUUCGUAGUACCGUACCAAACGAUUUGCGAAUGUUUAAUAGAUCACAUCUAGAACAAUAUUAUCUAAGCUUAUAUAGAUAUGCAAGAAGAAAUCAAACCGUAGAAAACAAUGUUAAUAUCAUUCAUAAUAAAAAUAGAUGGAAUCAAAUGAAAAUUAUUCGUGAUCCUAUGAUUUUACAAUAUCUGUCUGAAACAGGUUCGAUAGAUGAGAACUGGAAACCGAUUGCAUCUAAAAGUGAGAUAAAAUUCUACAAAAAAGGUCGAUUAGGAAAUGAUGAAAUUAGAAUUAUUUCGUUGCCUGCCAAUGAUAAUCUACCGGCGUUAGAAGAAUGUGGUAUGAAGCAUAAAUUCAAAGGACGAGUUCAUAUAACCAAUUACGCUGGAAAUAUUCGAUAUGCAACUUUUAUUCCUGAUGGCAUUGAGUUGAACGAAGGAAAAUGGUAUUUUUGUGUUAAAUUUCCACGAGGCGGUGUAGCCGAAAUUGGCUGGGCAACGAAGGAGUUUAAUCCACAACGACAUGAUAGUUAUGGUAUUGGUAGUGAUGACUUUUCAUGGGGAUUUAACGGAAAAAAAGGAUUUUAUAAGAGUAAUGAAAUUAUAGUCUUUUCUGAAGGUGAUGAUUGGAAUGAAGGGUCUGUGUGUGGCUGUGGCAUUGAAAUCAAUGGUACGAAUACGAAUAUCAAAUAUUGGUUAGAUGGCAAAUCUUUAGGUACAGUAUUUUCCCAUUCGGAAAAUGAAGCAGUUGAAUUGGAAGAUGAACCAAGCGAAUCAGAAAUUAAAACAGAUCUAUUACCAAGUGGAGCUUUUGCUAGUUACUUUCCUGCUGUUACUGUUAAAUUCAAACGCAAUUCGAGUAAUAAAGGUAUUUUUGAAUUUAUAUUUAGUCCAGAAGAUAUGACAGAAUGUCCUCUACCAAAAGGAUACAAACCGUUGUUAGUGCCAAAACUAUUGACAAUGGAAAAUGUACUAGUGGCAUAUCCGUAUAGUGCAUAUCUUGUUGGUAAUGACAUUCAACAAUAUUUCUAUACAAGCCGUUGCGCAAAGAAUGAGUCCGCUGACAAGAAUAAUUUGCUACGUGAUUUUAUCAAUGAUGAACAUUUUGAAGUUCCGUUCAAUGCUGAUAUGAUAACAGCGAAUGAUAAUCUAUUGAAACUAACCAAAGAGAAUGAUGGCUUCUCGUUGUCACUUGAUAAUCAACAAUCUUUAACUAUUAGCUUUGAUUUUGAGAUAGUUCCGGCCGAUGAGGCAGCGAGUUGUCCUAAUCAACUUGAUAUUGUCUUAUUUACGUUAGAUGAUGCAACAUUUUCUAUUCGUGUCUGUAUGAAUGAUAUCAAUGAUGAUUUCAUCGAUGAAACCAGGAUACAUCAACAGCGUGUUGUUAUUCUAUUUCAACUAAACGAACAAGUAAAAGUCUAUUUUAACAAUAAAGUUCAAAUGCUGAAUUAUUGUCACAGUUUUGAUCCAAAAACAAAUUCAAAAUUGAAUCUACGUCUCUUGCCACAUGUAAAUGCUGGAAUUCGAAAUUUGGGCAUAUGGAAAUAUAUAUUAUUGGAAGAACAUAUUCGACGUCUUUUUACAUAUGGUCUUUCGUAUGUUGCCAUCGAUUAUCAGAAAUUAAAUAAAUGGAAAAAUCAACUAAACACCAUUAAAUUCAAAGCAGACCAAAAGUAUUUCGCAAACGAAAUACUCGUUCCAUUCAAUGAACCGUUUGAGAAAGAUCUAUGGGAAGAAACAAAACAAUAUAUUGAUUAUGGUGAAUCGAACUAUUUCAAGACUAUUCCAAACACUAAUCAAUCCGCGAUACAAUUCUUCGGCAAUAAAACUUAUUUAAUUUUAAAUACUGCAAACCAAGUGUGGUCUGAAUAUACGGUGAUUCUAGAUAUUUCCAUACCAAAUUAUCCGUUAGCAAAAAACCUAUCCAGAAGCGAAGCUCGAUUGACUUUAUUAACCUUAGAUACAGAAUCCGAAAUCUAUCUAACACAUGACGGUCGUCUUCAUGUAACAGGUGAUCAUCACAGUUCAUCAACUGUGUCAUUGAACGAAUAUAUUCGUUUACUUGUUUCUGUUCAGCAAAAUUCUCUUCAGAUCUACGCCAAUGGUUCGUUAGAAAUCGAUAUAUCACUUAGCGAUGGUCAAUUUACGACGAAAUUGAAACGCAUUGAUCUAUUUCGAGAGUUAGAUUUAACUAAGAACACUACAAAUGACGACCAACUACGCAUUGAAUGUAGAUCGAUAACAUAUUUAAAUAAAUCAAGUCAUAUUCUUUCUUCAUCAAUGAAAAAACUAAUCGAAUCAACUGAAUGUUGUCUAGAUGAACUAGUUUUACCUCCGUUUAGCAUUCUAUCAGCAAGUCUCAUCGGUAUUGGUUACAACGAAGAAUCGAUCAAAUACGUCAUGAAAAAAUAUAACACAACGAAUAUUUAUUUUAUUGAUAAGACUCUACGAGAAGAACCUCAAUAUAUAGAAAAGAUAUAUCCACAAGAGCAACAACAAAGAAGACUUGAUGUUUUAAGACGAUUGCGUCCUUAUGAUGAAAAUGGAACAUUAUCUAUGUUAAUAGAUACCGGUGAUGUUACAGCUGAUUUAUCAAUAUCAACAUUGAAAUCUGAAAUAGACAACGAUGCUGAUGAUAUGCCGUCAGAUAAAAAAUGGUAUUAUGAAACGGUUCAUUCUGUAGGCAUUCGUGAUAAACUAGACGAUUGGCUUCGAGAUAAAGAAGCGAAUAAUCAGCUAACAGCUGGAUAUUCUGAUUAUAAAAACCCCGAUUUAACAAAAGCAGAUUUUGAUGAAACAGAGUCUAGUAUUAAAUUCAAGAGCGCUAUGGAAACAUCAUCACAUUAUGUACAUCGACAAAUACCACGAGAAAUCUACAUUCAUUCAAGUAUAACUUGCGCAUAUGGACUAAUAGCAAUCUAUGCGCAUUAUACAAUAUUGAAUAUGGUGAAAGUCUGGUGUAGUGAUGAUCAUUCAAGUUUAUUUCCAUUUUCGCAAUUUGGUGAUGGAGAUUUUAUUGUUAAAUUAUUACGAUCCAUGGAUCACCAUCAUGCACAUACGCGUAUGUUCGCUGAUGAAACUAUCAAUAGAAUGAACGUAUUAGUAAUAUCGAUAAUACAAGUUGAAUUAAAAGACUUAUUGAAAUGUAUCGUAAACGAAACGCUAACUGUUGAAACAUUAAAUAGGAACGCUCCAAUAUUUUAUCAUUUACAAAAGCAUAUUGUUGAAGAAUCAAUUCACUUUCUUACUGAACCCUCACUCAUAGACAUGAACAACAAUAAUAAUGCAACCAUUGAUGCACAAAUAGUCAUUAAACAAUCAAACUUAGACUUUCUUCUAAAAAUCUUUCGUCUCUUUUCAGAAGUAUUGAAAGACUUUGAAGGAAAAAAUGAUGACAUCGAUUUGUUAAUUCGAUUGUUGUUUCCAAACAUAGUUAUCAAAAUACUCUUCGAUCUAUUUCUGGUGGUACCUUCACAUCAAUUGAAAUUGUUCAUCAUUGGUCUUUUCACUAAGUAUGUUAUUCAUAUUCUUCAUACAUAA